AUGGCGAGCCCUGAGCACGAAGGCCUUGUUAUGCAGUUAAUUUACGCAUUCAUUAUUCCAAACAGUGGCAUUCAUGUCAAUCCACCAAUUGAUAUUGCUCUUAAAUCAUUUCAUUACGAUCCUUCUAACGUCAGAACAAAAAUAGCUCCUUUGGAUCCUGAACCUCCUCCCGGUGAUGUUAAUCUAAACCCGCAUGCACGAGUCAUUGUUGAGGUAGCCGUAACUGAAUAUUUGGAUUUUUUGAAUAGAAAAUGCGAGAAAUGGUUGCUUCAACUAUACAUACGAAGUGUAUUCAGAAUAAAAAUUUACGAUAAACUCAAAGGGACAAAUAAUCGUACUAUGAAAGCAAAAUUGUGGACUCGACAAAUUCUAGCGCCAGCAGAAAGUACACCGUCAACAUUAGCCAGUUGGGAUUUCGGAACUUUACAGUUCAAUAGUAAUCAGCCUACUGGUUGCACUGGCGCAGGCUUGCCUAAUUACACAGUAACCAUCCCAGUAUCAGAUGUCUUUUGGGAUCCUCCCAUCGUAGCAGGAGUUCUGAAUUUACUUGGAUAUACUGCGGGAAUCUCUAAUACAGUAGUCGCUAAUAAUUUUGUCAUCGAUUUGUAUUUAUUACAACAAAUCGUUUUAUUAAAACAAUAG